GGGCGUGGGAGGAACACCUUUCCCCCAGGGCAGACGUGAGCGAGUGUGAGGGAGGCAGAACAGACAAAUGGUUGCGCGCUCUUUCCGAAGCGACCCCGUGAGGGAAGAAUAGCGCGGGAAAGUGAGGCCAGUCCCCCUGCGGAGACAAGUGAAGAGAGAGUGGGUGUUUGUGUGUUCGUCAGGCCGAGGCCCCUGCAGGGGAAACUGGUGUGACUUCAAGCGCUUUGUGACUUCACCCGCGAGCCCUCCAAGCCGCGCAGCCUCCGCCUCCAUGCCCAUUGCCGGCGAAAGGCAGCCGCUGAUCCCCAAGGGGACCCGCCCUGGGUGGCGCGGGAGGAUGCCCUGCGCCUUUAUGCAGGGAGUGGCCUUCGUCCCCACGCUGCUGGUGUCCUGGUCUUCGGCCGCCUUCAUCAUCUCCUACGUGAUCGCCGUGCUGUGCGGCCAUGUGGAGCCGCUCUUCCCCUAUAUCAGUGAUACAGGAGCAAAGCCUCCAGAAAGUGGUAUCUUUGGGUUUAUGAUUAAUGUCUCUGCAUUUCUAGGUGCAGCUACAAUGUAUACAAAAUAUUUAAUUGUAAAGAAGCAAAAUGAAGUGACAAAUUUCAUUCCUCCUUAUUUCAAUUUAAUUACAUUAAUUAUUGGUGUGCUGGGUUGUGUUGGAAUGGGCAUCGUUGCAAGUUUUCAGGAGCUAGCAGUACCUGCUGUCCAUGACGGUGGAGCCCUUGUGGCUUUUCUCUCUGGCAUUCUGUACAUUGUCCUGCAGACUGUCAUCUCUUACAAGUCACGUCCUCAGUGGUGCACAACAUGUGUAUGUCAUAUACGACUGGCCCUUUCGAUAAUGUCCUUCAUAGCUGCCAUUCCCAUGAUUGCAUGUGCUUCACUAAUUUCCAUAACAAAAAUAGACUGGAAUCCAGGUGAAAAGGAUUAUGUAUAUCAUUUGGUGAGCGCAGUCUGCGAAUGGAUAGUAGCCUUUGGUUUUGUUUUCUACUUCUUAACAUUUGUCAAAGAGUUUCAGAGAGUUACUGUAAGGAUAUCAACAGAAAUGCAUGAAAGCUUUUGACUACAUUUUAUCCAUUAGGAUCACAGAAGCUGGAACUGGGGAGUUACAAAACUUGCAGAAAAACAGGAGUGGUCAAAGCUGACGUGAUGCGGCCCUGCCGCAUCAAUGCAGUGCUGCAGUUUGCAUAACCAUAGUCAAGGCAGAGUGACUUCUAAAUUUCACCACUGUCCCCUAAUUUUGACCCCUUUGGUUGAUGUUAUAAAAUCAUUUUGUGUCUUUUUUAA